AAUAACCUAUAAUCGCUAGUCAAUUUUUUGUACUUAACCUCUUUAGCUUAUCAAAAAAAUUCUCGUGUCUGAAUCCAGAAUCAUUUAGUAACAGGACUUUAUGAACUCGAAAGUGUGUCACUGGGUUUGUUUUCAAUGUCAGGGUCGAAAGGUCAUUUAACUCAACAUUUUCAGUCAUAAGAAGUGAAAAUUCAAUUUGACGACACGAUACGAUACUCAGUAAUCCCCACACUCAUCCGCAUUUAUCAGCGGUUUGCCUCAAGCAGCCUCAUGCACCUCUCGAAGACUUCCAAGUGCCUGUGUAUUAUUGAGGAUGGUACGAGUGAAAGUUUUAAAUUCUUAUUCAGUUACAUACCAACAUUUAUGGUUUAGUGGCACCGAUAUAUGUAGAAAUAUUUGAAAAUAGGAAUUAGAUAAAAUAAAAUGGGUUUAGAGAUGAAGUCUGAAUAUAAAUUUGAAAUAAUAUGCAAGAAUUUGUUAAGUGGAGGUGUAGCAGGUAUGUUGUCAAAAACGACAGUGGCUCCGCUAGAUAGAGUUAAAAUUCUCUUACAGGCGCACAAUAAACACCACGAAAGUCACGGUGUCGUCAAAGGUUUGAGUCAUAUAAUCAAAAACGAAGGUCCGUUUGCUCUAUAUAAAGGAAAUGGAGCACAAAUGGUACGAAUUUUCCCGUACGCCGCCAUCCAGUUUACGUCGUUUGAAAUAUACAAAAGAUAUCUGGACGGGGUCUUCGGAGAAACGUCACACAUCGACAAAUUUCUAGCAGGAGCUGGUGCGGGUUUAACAUCGGUCACCAUGACAUACCCAUUGGAUACCAUAAGGGCACGACUAGCCUUUCAAAUAAGUGGCGAGCACGUGUACACCGGCAUAAUCCACACUGCGACGACGAUUUUCAAAGAAGAGGGCGGGAUCAAAGCGCUGUAUCGCGGCUUCACUCCUACCCUGAUGGGUAUGGUACCAUACGCCGGUCUAUCCUUCUUUUGCUUUGAAUAUCUGAAGUACGGCUGUAUGAAAUAUUUGGACUGGUUGACAUGUAACCGAUGCGAAACGAAUACGGGCGGACUGGUCUUGUCGGUGCCUGCGAAGCUGAUUUGCGGUGGUCUGGCUGGAGCUGUAGCGCAGAGUGUCAGUUAUCCGUUGGACGUGACCAGAAGGCGAAUGCAGCUGGCAAUGAUGAACCCGGAAACUCGCCAUUUCGCCGACGGCAUGUUCUCCACCUUAUCGAAAAUCUACAGCGACAACGGCGUCGUCAAGGGCUUAUACAGGGGCAUGUCCAUCAACUACAUGCGAGCCAUACCAAUGGUCGCGGUGUCAUUUUCCACCUACGAAACGUGCAAGCAACUCCUCCACUUGGACACCGGUCUUAAAGUUAGCGUCGGUUAAUUUUCGAAUCGGACAAUCGAUGCUUGCGAUCGAAUGCUAAAAGAAAAGGAAAAGGAAGAGAAAAAGGCAGCACCGAUUUCGUCUAAGUGACAGGAUAAACGAUAUGAAAAUUAUUAAUUUUUUUUAACGAUAUUUAAUAUUAAAAUACAAAAAAAAUAUACAACGAUAUUUCUAGUCUUCACAGUGGUUUUAAUGGAUUUUUUAAACGUUUUAACCUCUAUUAUGAAUGUUCUCUCAAGCACAUAGUCAAAUAAUUAUUUUUAACUGAAAAAAAAAAGAGUUGGGUAAAAUUGUGUAUGCCAAAACCUGAUUUUUUUUUUUUUAAUUUUAAGCACAUUUUAGGUAUUAACAUAUCACGGUUUUUAAGUGAGAUGUGUCUUUUAAGAUGUUACUUUUAGGUAACCAAACUACGUUUUUGACAGUCUUAGCAAUUUUUGGAAUCAUUUUUAUAAUUAGUUAGGUAGUCCAUUUUACUUUUGUUUUGUAAUUAAUUUUUUGACAUUUUUGUUUUUUUAUGAAAAAUGGAGGUACUUAUAGAUUAAUUGGUCUAAAACGACUGUAUAAAAGAGUAGGUUCCUAUUUUUCUACCUGUUACCAUUUUUUGUUUUAUGUAGUUUUUCUUUAGAGUAU